AUGUGUUUGUCAACAUAUACAUUUUCCAGGCGACAAUCUAAGAGUCUAGUAAAACCAGUUGAUUCAAAUAAAUCAGAUCCUCAAGAUAAGUAUGAUAAGAAAAUUGAAAGCCAAAAAUCCCGUGCAAUAAGGCACAUUUUUCUUAUUAGACAUGGGCAGUACAAUCUAUCUGGUGAGACUGAUGGAGAUAGGAAGUUGACUGAACUAGGGAGAAAACAAGCUCUGUUCACUGGCGAGAGGUUAAGUAUAUUGGAUUUUCCAUGGACAACAAUUACACAGUCAACAUUGACUCGAGCAAUGGAAACUUGUUCAAUAAUCCAAACACAAUUGCCUGCAAAUAUACCACUGACAUCAUCUGAUUUAUUAACUGAAGGAGCACCAAUACAACCAGAUCCGCCAACCAAACACUGGAAACCUGAGUUAUAUCAGUUUUUUAGGGAUGGAGCUCGUAUAGAAGCGGCUUUUCGAAAGUUCAUUCAUAGAGCGCCACCUGACCAAAAAGAAGACUCUUAUGAAUUAAUAGUUUGCCAUGCAAAUGUUAUAAGAUAUUUUGUUAUGAGAGCAUUGCAGUUGAAUCCAGAGGCAUGGUUACGUUUGAGUUUAGAUCAUGCAAGUAUUACGUGGCUUUGUAUUUAUCCCAAUGGAAGAGUAUCCUUAAGAUGUUACAGUAAUUCUGGGUACAUGCCACCAGAAGCUAUUUCUCGUUAA